AUGCUAAAAUUACCCAAAGGCCUUAAAAAGAAGAAAAAGGGUAAAAAGUCGAAGCGUAAAGGGGAGGAAGAACUUUUUACAGAGGAAGAAUUAGAAAAGUAUAGACGAGAACACCAGCAGCAGCAAACUGAAAGUGGGGAAAGCUCUACAAAAGAAAAUGAAGAAUGGUCAAAAUUCAAAGAUUUGACAACUGGAGUAGAUUCUGUGCUUAAGAAAACACAGGGUGAUUUAGAUCGCAUCAAAUCUACAUCAUUUUUUCAACGAGUUCAGCCUAAAGAACCAGAGCCAGAAGUAAAGGAAGCUCCGUCAAGACCGAUUGUUGAAGUUACUGAAGCAGAUUUUCCCCAACUUGUUCAAUCCAAUGCAACAGAUAUCGAUGAUGAUAAAAGUGAAUAUGGACUGACUGAUGACGAGUCUGAGGGUGAAGAUCAAGACGACAUCUUUGAUACUUCUUAUGUCGACGCCGUCGAACGGGGGGAAGUGAAACUUGCAUACGUUCCGGACUCACCUGAAGAAUUCCAAGACGAUGGAUUAUUCGAUACGUCUCACGUCGAUGCAUUAAUUAAAGGCCAAGAGAGUAAAGGAAAAGGUGGAAAAAAAACUUUAGACAUUGGUGUUGCCGUCGAAGUUCUUACGGGGCGGAUUGAUAAUUUAACUCUUACAACAAAAAAGCCAAAAAGGGUGAUCCCAGGAGAUCUGUUAUUAGAAAGUUCUGACGCAGAAAUACCAGCAACUGUAAAGACUUACGAAAGUGAAACAGUUCAAACAAGCAUUUUAGAUGCUGAUACUGACAUUCCAAUAACAACGCCUAUUGAUCUUAGUGUAUCAUUACACACAUCACUAAUACAACAAAAUAAAAAAGAUAGUCAAGAAGAUACAUUUGAACUUGGUGAUACUAAUACAAAGCAGGCACCAAGUGAAGAAGAAGAUGAUGAAUUCACAUUACUAGCUACCGAAUCUCUUGAGACAAAACCUGAGAUUCUUAAAAUCGAAGAGAAAGAAAUAAAACUCGAACCUGUUAUACAGGAAUCGUGGUCAGCCUUUGAAGCAGAUAAGAACGAAUCUGUUUUUGCAGAAGGCAUAGUUGAAGACCAAAUUGACGUAGACCCGUAUAUAGACCAGGACGAUCCGUUUGAUACUAGUUUUGCGGAAGCCGUUAUACCAGCUACAGUUCAAAUUAAACCAGAACCAACAAUUCUUGAAGACGACGAAGAUUUCGAUCCGCGAGCAGACGAGUUUCGAGAAAAACUUAAUAAUCGGCGUAAAUCUUCGGUUAGAAUCCAUUUGAUUAACCCAUUAGGAAUUAGGGAAUCUAUAACAUCGGAUGACAUUAAUGAUACUGAAGAGAGCAAAAUUACUCGUGAUUUAUUAGGAGGAAGCACUACAGAUCUAACACAGUUAGGGGAUUCCCCUCUUAAUCCGCUAGACGCAAAUGACAGUGAUAUAGAUCCGUUCGACACUACAAUUGUUGACAAAGUAGUAGCACCGGGGAAAAUUGAACUAAAGUUAUUGGAACAGGAAUUGAUUGGUGCAACACCGGCAUCUACUAUAUAUCGCGUACCAAGUGAUCCUGAUUUUGACCCACGGGCUGACGAGCCUAAACAUUCAGAGCGAAGAGCAUCACGCCCUGAAAACCUUACAGUUAGUAAGAGCGUGGGUUUUAAUAUAAACGAGGAAAGCGGUAAUUUAGAUUCCAAGUCUAAAUCAACUAAACCUUUAACUCCAUAUUAUACUAGAGAAAUUUCUAUAACUGAAGAAAUAAACGAGAGUGGGGAAACUAUCGAUAAAGUCGCUGAGGGAUUAACACGAACUCGAUCUGACGAAGAUUUAAGUGGUACAAUAAAGUACCAAACGAAAAGACGCCAUUCUGAGUAUCCCCAACCGCUUAAUACAAAGGUAAAUUUAAAAACCAGUGAUAUCCUUAACAGCGGUAACUUUGAGUUACAAGCUAAAGUACUUACACCCGCAGGACCGCAGCCACUUCCAGAAAAUCUUCAAAAAGUUGAAGAAGACCCGUUCGAUACAUCUUUUGCAAGUGAUAUUAAACCAAGCAAAACAGAGUUAAAACUCUUAGCUAAAGAAUUGGACAUUACUGAUUCUAAAGCUUCAUCUGAACAUAAUCAGGAUCUAUUAGAGGCAUCUGACGAUAUAUUUCAAGUAAAGGCAUUAACUCCUGAACCAGCAGAUUUAACACAAACGCAGGAGGACUUUGAUCCCUUUGAUACUUCAUUUGCCACAGCUCUUAAUCCGGGCAAAACGGAACUGAAAUUGCUUGAGUCUGAAUUUCUAAAC